UUUGUCUGUCAUUACAACCAAAAAAACAAAUAAAUAUCCCAAUUUCCUUUUUCCUGUUUUAAUUUUAUUUAAAAAAAAAUUGAAUCUUUUUUUUAUUAUUUUUCUUUUAUUUUAUGUAUAUAUAAAUUCAAAACCCUUGUGAGUUUUAGCUUUGUCCACCUUUUUCUUUGCCAUAGAGCCAAGUUUUGUGAGGUGUGAACAAAACCCAAACAUGGCCUCAGGUGCUUCGGCUGAUGGGUUCUUCAGGUGUUUCUACGAAGGGUGUAUCUCAGGCUGUGACACGGCCAUUGAACGCCGUCCGUACCAUCGGAAUUGUAGCUGUGCUUUACACGAAUCUAGCAAGAAUAAGAAGAAAAACCAUUGUUCUCAUGGUGGUUUGCCUAAGGUUUCUUACCCAAUAAGAAGGGCUUGGAGUGAAGGGUCUUUGGCUUUGGUGGCUGCGGCUGCUGCUUCAUCUUCAGCUCAGUCUUCUCCGUCUUCUUCUUCUUCUUCGGUGGCCAUGGUUGGUGGUGGAGGAAUUGGAAGGAGGAAUUCUCAAUCUAGUCUUUGUGAUUUGGAAGAAUAAAAAUCACUAGUACAAAAUAUAAUAAUAAUAAUAACAGGGUCUUCUUCUUCUUCUUCUUCUUUUUCUUAAAGGUUGGAUCUUUUUCUGGUUUUUUUAGAGUAUUAUGAUUUGAUUUGUUUAUUUUGUUUGAAUAACAAGAACCCAAAUAAGAUUUGGAAGAAAUUUUGUGAUCUCUAAUGUUUUUUUUUUUUUGAUCUGGAGAGAUUGAGGGAAAAGGGUGUUUGGAUAGGUUUCUGGAUCUGGAUCAAAAAAAAAAGUGUAAUUGGUGGAAUGAUGUUACUGAAAUCCUCUCAAUUGUAUUUACUGUAAAUAUGGUUCCAGUUCUAUACGUUGAUCGAUCUUCCUUUCAUUUUGAGAAAUAUAAUGGAAAUUUUCUUGUAGUUUCUGACAA